GCAGGCGGCGCUGUCUCUCGCACACACACACACACACACACACACACACACACACACACACUGAUCCUGCUGAUCCGAGCGCUCUUCAGCGGAUUCAUGCUACAUAUCUCGCUCUAAACACCAGUUCUCUUCAUUUCUGGCUGUUCGCGUGAUAUAAGUGAACGCCAUGUCCUACAACUACGUGGUCACCGCGCAGAAGCCCACGGCGGUGAACGCCUGUAUCACGGGUCACUUCACAUCUGCGGAGGAUCUGAACCUGCUGAUCGCCAAGAACACGCGUCUGGAGAUCUAUGUGGUCACUGCGGAGGGUCUGCGGCCGGUCAAAGAGGUCGGCAUGUACGGCAAGAUCGCGGUCAUGGAGCUCUUCAGACCCAAGGGUGAGAGCAAAGAUCUUCUGUUCAUUCUGACCGCUAAAUACAACGCCUGUAUCCUGGAGUACAAGCAGAAUGGAGACAGCAUCGACAUCAUCACCCGCGCUCACGGAAACGUGCAGGAUCGGAUCGGCCGUCCGUCUGAGACCGGGAUCAUCGGGAUCGUGGAUCCGGAGUGUCGUAUGAUCGGCUUGCGGCUGUACGACGGGCUGUUUAAGGUCAUUCCUCUGGACCGUGAUAACCGCGAGCUCAAAGCCUUCAACAUCCGUCUGGAGGAGCUGCAGGUCAUAGACGUCCAGUUCCUGUACGGCUGCCAGGCGCCCACCGUCUGCUUCAUAUAUCAGGAUCCUCAGGGUCGGCACGUCAAGACAUAUGAGGUUUCUCUCAGAGAGAAGGAGUUCAACAAAGGACCCUGGAAGCAGGAGAACGUGGAAGCUGAAGCAUCGAUGGUCAUUCCGGUCCCAGAGCCGUUUGGAGGAGCUAUAAUAAUCGGACAGGAGUCCAUCACUUAUCACAACGGAGACAAAUACUUAGCCAUCGCUCCUCCAACUAUCAAGCAAAGCACCAUCGUGUGUCAUAACCGCGUGGAUCCGAACGGCUCGCGGUACCUGCUGGGAGACAUGGAGGGCCGACUCUUCAUGCUGCUGCUGGAGAAAGAGGAGCUGAUGGACGGAGCUGUGGUGCUCAAAGACCUGCAUGUGGAGCUGCUGGGAGAGACCUCUAUCGCAGAGUGUCUGACGUAUCUGGAUAACGGUGUGGUGUUUGUGGGAUCCAGACUAGGAGAUUCUCAACUAGUUAAGCUGAAUGUGGACAGUAAUGACCAGGGUUCGUAUGUGGCUGUAAUGGAGACCUUCACUAACCUGGGGCCGAUAGUGGACAUGUGUGUGGUGGACCUGGAGAGACAAGGACAGGGUCAGCUGGUGACGUGCUCCGGAGCGUUUAAGGAAGGCUCUCUGAGGAUAAUUCGGAAUGGCAUUGGGAUCCAUGAGCAUGCCAGCAUUGACCUGCCCGGCAUCAAAGGUCUGUGGCCUCUCCGCUCAGAGUCGAGCAGAGACACUGAUGACAUGCUGGUUCUGUCUUUUGUGGGUCAGACCAGGGUGCUGAUGCUGAGUGGAGAGGAGGUGGAGGAGACUGAGCUGCCGGGGUUUGUGGAUAAUCAGCAGACGUUCUUCUGUGGGAAUGUAGUGCAUCAGCAGCUCAUACAGAUCACGUCGGUGUCUGUGAGGCUGGUCACUCAGGACAGCAAGGCUCUGGUGAGCGAGUGGAAGGAGCCUCAGGGCAGGAACAUCAGUGUGGCGUCCUGCAACAGCUCUCAGGUGGUUCUGGCUGUGGGUCGAGUGCUGUAUUACCUUCAGAUACUCACAGGAGAACUCAAACAGAUCAGCUCUACAGAGAUGGAGCAUGAGGUGGCGUGUCUGGACAUCACUCCUCUGGGUGAGAGCGUGGGAGAAUCCAGCAUCUGUGCUGUGGGACUCUGGACCGACAUCUCAGCUCGCCUGCUGAAGUUACCCUGCUUCAGCCCGCUGCACAAAGAAAUGCUGGGCGGAGAGAUCAUCCCUCGCUCCAUCCUCAUGACCACGUUUGAGGGCAGUCAUUACCUGCUGUGUGCGCUGGGAGACGGGGCGCUUUUCUAUUUCGGACUGGACAUUCAGACAGGGGUUUUGAGUGAGCGUAAGAAGGUGACUCUGGGCACUCAGCCCACGGUUCUGCGCACCUUCCGCUCGCUCUCCACAUCUAAUGUGUUCGCCUGCUCCGACCGGCCCACCGUCAUCUACUCCAGCAACCACAAACUGGUCUUCUCUAACGUCAACCUGAAGGAGGUCAACUACAUGUGCCCACUCAACUCUGAGGGAUACCCCGACAGUCUGGCUCUGGCCAACAACAGCACUCUGACCAUCGGCACUAUCGAUGAGAUCCAGAAGCUCCACAUCCGAACCGUUCCUCUCUACGAGUCGCCCAAGCGGAUCUGCUAUCAGGAGGUGUCUCAGUGUUUCGGAGUUUUGUCCAGUAGAGUAGAAAUGCAGGACACCAGCGGGACAACAGCAGCCGUGCGGCCCAGCGCCAGCACACAGGCGCUCUCCAGCAGCGUCAGCUCCAGUAAGCUGUUUCCCAGCAGCACUUCUCCUCACGAGACGUCGUUUGGAGAGGAGGUGGAGGUGCACAGUCUGCUGGUGGUGGAUCAGCACACAUUUGAGGGUAAGUGUGAGCGCUGUCAGCUGGAGUGUGUGUGCAGGCGUGACGUCUGCUUCAUCCUGGUGGGUGACCUGAUGCGCUCCGUGCUGCUGCUGGCCUACAAACCCAUGGAGGGCAGCUUCGAGGAGAUUGCUCGUGAUUUCAAUCCCAACUGGAUGAGUGCUGUUGAAAUCCUGGAUGAUGACAACUUCCUCGGAGCGGAGAACGCUUUCAACCUGUUCGUCUGCCAGAAGGACAGCGCGGCGACUACAGACGAGGAGCGGCAGCACCUGCAGGAGGUGGGUCUGUUCCACCUGGGAGAGUUUGUCAACGUGUUUUCACACGGAUCUCUGGUGCUGCAGAAUCUGGGCGAGAGCUCGACGCCGACACAGGGCUCGGUGCUGUUCGGCACAGUCAACGGCAUGAUUGGUUUGGUGACGUCGCUGUCGGAGGGCUGGUACAGUUUACUGCUGGAUCUACAGAACCGACUCAACAAAGUCAUCAAGAGCGUCGGCAAGAUCGAGCACAGCUUAUAUCCUUCAGCAGCGGUCAGAGACUCCUUGACUAGCGCCACCUGGAGGUCCUUCCACACCGAGCGCAAGACUGAGCAGGCCACAGGAUUCAUUGACGGAGAUCUGAUCGAGAGCUUCUUGGAUCUGGGUCGAGCUAAGAUGCAGGAGGUGGUCAGCACACUGCAGAUCGAUGACGGCAGCGGGAUGAAGCGCGAGGCGACGGUGGACGAGGUUAUUAAAAUCGUGGAGGAGCUGACGCGGAUCCACUAACCGCGAGCGUCACGCAUCUGUGCAUAACUAUACAUACAUCAGAGUGUGUGUGUGUGUGUGUGUGUGUUCAGUCUCACGCUCACGCAUGCACAGCCGCGCUCACCUCUUCUUCAUUUGCUUGUCCUGUGAGCAUCGAGGUGAAGAUCACUGUCUGCUGGAUGGAGGAGCCGAUUCGGAUUCUGCCAGCACUGAUCCGCAAUAGUUUUAGUGAAGCGUUUGUCAUUGUGGUGUCUCUCUGUUUGGUCAUUUAUUUUAAUAAAGUUUCCUUCAGUA